AGUGAAUCUUGUUGGAUUGGAGUUAGGUACGUAAGGCGAGAAUGAAAGGUAUUAAUGCCUCAAAAGUCAAAACCCUUAAGACGUCACAGGAGCCAACAACAGCCUUCAGCCACAUACCUGUUUAUCCAUCUGGCUGUGCAGUGACUAAGCCCAAUCGGUCUACGGCUCUACGCCCCUUUCAAGGUCAACUUUCUUAAUAUUAUUCCUUGAACUCUUCCAGCAGUCAGCAGUCUCCCGUCUGACCUUUGUUGCACAGGCGAAGGAAGCGGGACCCGAAAUAUAUAUGACAUCCACGGCCAUGAGCUCGGCUAUCCCCUUGGUUGACGUCUCCCGAUCCCCAUCGCCAUAUCCCCGGAGCCGGCCCGGAAGUGCCACACAAUCCGACGAUGAAGACGACUUCGCCGUCCCUCCGAGUCUGAGACCCCUGGUGCACGAACAGGGGGAGUUUUCCAACCGUUCCGCGUGGAAGCGGGUGUUUCUCGAUGGCGGGUUCGGGGCGUUUUUAUUGAGCACUUGGGGUGGCUUGCAAUUUUACGUUGCGUUUCUGGUGUUCGCGGUGGCGGGAUGCGAGUUUGCUCUUGUCGUGUUGAAUAGAUUGAUUUUAUUGACUGGAGUGUAUAAAUUUCCAUAUCCCCUAACGGCAACAUGGAUUCAACUUGUCAUUGCACACGUAUUCUUCCUGCUCGCCGCCGGCUUGACCCGCCUAGUAGGCAAAUGGCUCGUCAAGGCCGGCCUUGGGGCAGCGGUCGCGCCGUCUCGUUCGCCAUCGAAACGGCCCGGUGCCCUGCAAUUGGAAGCCAACCGGCCGCUGUGGGUGAGAAUUCUCUUCUAUCCCUUCCUCCACAGGUUUGGUGGGAUCGCCGGGGGGGGGAUCUUCGAGUUUGAUUUGCAGAUCGCGCGCCAAUGCCUCUUGCUCGCCGUGGUGUUUAUCGGCAAAAUCAUCCUGAGUAAUAUCUCGUUCGCCUACGCCGUCCUUCCCGUCUAUACGCUGUCAAGAGUCGGCACCACGCCCACGACCCUCCUCUUCACCACCUUUCUCACCGGUACUAACCACUCGGUCCCCGUGCUAUCCGCAGCCCUGACCUCCACCUUCACCCUCCUGAUCGCUAGCGUCCGCAAAGGAUCCCGCGUGACCUGGGAGAGCAUCCUCGCCGGCACGUGGUCGACCGUCUUCGUCAGCGUGUAUCCCAUUAUCCUCAUGCGUACAGUUCGCGUGCUGGCCGACAUGCGCACGGUCCCGCGCGGAUCCCAACCUCCCGAAGUCCUCCUCGACAUCGACGAUCCCUACGACGAGGCGAGCGGCCGGGGCACCCCGAACGCCACCCGCCACGCCGCCGUCGCGUACUGGCGCGUCGUGCAUUACGUCUCGGUGAUCUCCCUCGCGGUCCUCACGCCGCUCGUCAUCCUGUCGGGCGAGCUGGGCCAGAUCCAGCGCAACUGCUAUUUCCUCGACGUGCCGUGGUUCUGGUUCCUCACCCUGCUCGGCGGGCUGUCGUCAUUCGCGGUGUUUCUAUUCUACUUCCUACUAGUCAAGGCGACGAGUCCGCUGUCGGCGAAUUUCGUGAGCGUGCCGCGGGGCGCGUUUCAGCUCGCGAUGCUGAGUGGGAAGAUGCCGGCGCAUGCGUGGGUGGGCGUGGGGGUGUGCUGGGCGAGUUCGGUGUGGUAUGCGUUGAUCAAGCGGAAUGAGGCGCGGUCAAGAGGGAAGAUGAGAUUGGAGGCGGCAAGGUGAACGGAACGGGUCGUGUGUCAUCAUCUAUGUGGGAACAACAUGGAAUCUAAUACAAGGCAUUGCAUGGGCUUGGAAAAGCUACGGCGUCUGGAGUACAAAAAAAAUCUGGAUAUCAUUUGGAAUCAUCCGUCCAUGGCCCCUUUGGCGCUCCACGCUGGCUUCCAAACCGCCUCUAUUACCAUCGUUGCGUGAUCGUCAUCGCACUUCGUAGUCUAACCUAAAGGCCGUUCACCAUCAUUUACUGCUUUUGCAGGAAUUGGACCAGCUCAUUCAGCUGACCGCGCGUCUCAUCGUUGAGCUGCUCCUCUGGUGGGCUCAGCACCUUCUCCAACGCCGGCUUCAUCUGCUCGGUGAGGGCGAG